AUGGCUUUUCUACAUUCUAAAAUUCAUCCGACUACAGAUGAAUAUUUUGAAACAUUUUUACUUUGUUGGUUAGAUGGAGAUGUCAAUGCUACAGAUGAUAAUAAAAAAACACAAAUAAUGCUUCAUUCAAUUGUUAAACAUUUUAAAACAUUUGAUGAUGCUUAUGAAUGUAAAAAAUAUAUUGAGUCACUUAAUGAAAAAAAGCGACUUAUUCUUAUUGUUAGUGGUAGAUUAGGUCGAGAAAUAAUUCCAAAAAUCCAUCAACUUCAACAACUUUCAUCCAUUUACAUUUAUUGUAUGGAAAAAAAAUUGAAUGAAGAAUGGGCAAAACAGUUUAAGAAAGUCAAAGAUGUAAUUAUUCAUCAAGACAAUUUAAUUACUCGAAUCAAAUCAGAUAAAAGAUGUCGAGUAAAAAAUGAAGAACGAAUUUCAUUUAAUAUUUAUAUUACUACAGAUGAGCAACCUCAAUCUACAAUUUCACACAAUGAAGAUUUUAUUUAUUCAUAUAUACUAAUCAAUUCUCUUCUUCGAUUAGAAUUCAAUUCAGAGGAACAACGACAACUUAUCAAUCUCUGUAAGACAGAACAUAAGAAUAAUAAAUGGCAAUUAACCAUGAUCCGUGAAUUUAAACAUGAAUAUACAUCAGAUAAAGCUUUAUUAUGGUAUCUACGUGAAUCAUUUUUAUAUAGAAUGUUAAAUAAAGCUUUAGAGAAAAAAGAUAUUGAUCAAUUACUUUUAUUUCAUUUUGUCAUUCGUGAUAUACAUAAACAAUUAAAAGAAAAUCAAUAUAUAUCUUCGAUUCGUGUUUAUUGUGGCCAAAUUAUGACAUUCAGUGGAAUAGAAUAUCUUCGACGAUCGAAAAAUGGAUAUAUUUCAAUCAAUACAUUUCUUCGAACAAAUAUAAAUCAGGAUAAAGUAUUAGAUUUCUUGAAAAAUUCAAAAAUUUAUAAUUGUGAUCAUCAAACCUUAUUUAUCAUUGAUGCUGACCCGAAUAUUGCAAGAAAUAAACCAUUUGCUGACAUUAGUAGAUUCAAUAGUUUCAUUGACGAUACAGAAAUAUUAUUUAUGACUGGAUGUAUAUUUCGUUUAAUUCAAAUUGAAAACGAUGGAAAGAUAUGGAAAAUUCAAAUGGAACUUUGUGAUCAUAAUGAACCUAGUUUGAAACGUAUUUUCGAAUAUAAAACAAAAAUACAUGGAGAUAAUGAUGAAGAUAAUGAAAUUGAUCUUCGAGGUUUUGGUGAUGUAUUACAACGAAUAGGUAAAUUCGAGCUAGCUGAAACGAUAUAUCAUCGUUUGCUUAACGAAGUUUCACCAAAUGAUUCAUCACUUGCUCGUUUAUACCACUCACUUGGUAAUAUAAACAAAGAAAAAAGGAACUAUGAUGCCAGUUUGGAAUGGUAUCAAAAAUCAUUAGAAGUAUUUUUACAAUCACAUACAUCAGAUUCUCUGAAUCUUGGAAAUUUAUAUGGUUCUAUGGGCAAAACUUAUUCAUAUAAGGAAAAUAAUCAUGAAUCAUUGGAAUGUUAUGAGAAAGCUAUUGAACAAUAUCAAAAAGCAAAUGCUGAAAAUCAUCCACAUAUGGCAAAUUUCUUUGAUAAUAUGGCUUCUAUUUAUAAAAGAGAGAAUAAAUAUCGUCAAGCAUUAGAGUUCUAUGAAAAAGUAUUAAUAAUAGAUGAUCUAAAUCCAUCAUCUAAUCGUUUUAAUGCAGCUAAAUCUCAUAAUAAUAUUGGUAUUAUUUAUUGUUACUUUGGUCAAUAUGAUCUUGCAAUGAAACAUUAUCAACUAUCACUUUCAAUUAAACUUAAAAUGCUUCCUCCAAAACACAUUUCAAUUGCUAAGGUUUACAAAAAUAUUGGUCUCGUAUAUGAAAUACAAACUGAUUUUCAACAAGCAUCAACAUAUUAUAAAAAAGCAGCCAGUAUCUAUCAUGAUAUGUUACCAUCUAAUCAUCCAGAUGUGAUACAAAUCGAUGAAAACAUUAAUAAUGUUCUAGAAAAACUUACGUAA